AUGUGCACAACACCGUUGACCACUUUCGAUCUGUUGAGUGCCACUAUCCAAUCGUUGAAUGAGGCCCUGAAUAAUGGCAACUUGAACUCAGAGAUCUUAGUCGAAGUCUGUCUAGCACGGAUCGAACUGUAUGAUAAAGCUGGUCCAUAUAUUAAUGCACUCAUCACUGUCAAUCCUGAUUGUAUAGCACAGGCACGGGAACGUGAUGCACAACGGCACACGGCUUCUUUUCAAGAUAAUCCAUUAUAUGGGAUUCCUUUCGUCGUAAAAGAUAACUAUGAUACAGCUGGACUUGUUACCACUGGUGGUUCGAUCAUUCUAAACGAUUCGGUUCCACAGGUGAACGCUUUUGUUAUACAGAAACUGUUAGAUAGAGGUGCAAUUCUGUUGGGAAAAGCCAACAUGUCCGAACUUGGAUUAUCCUACGGACGUUCUGGAUAUAGCUCAGCAGGCGGUCUGACGUUAAAUCCUUAUAAUUUGAAACGAAAUGUGUCAGGUUCGAGUGGCGGUUCUGCUGCUGCUGUGGCCGCACGUUUUUCUCCAUUUGCAUUGGGAACGGAUACCUGUGGUUCAAUCCUUUCGCCAGCAAGUGUAACUGGUUUGGUGGGUAUACGGCCCACUUUGGGGCUUACUAGUCGUACCGGUGUGAUUCCAUUGUCCUUGAGCUUCGAUACGACUGGUCCGAUGGCAUUUAAUGUGAGAGACGCAGCGCUUGUUCUUGAUGCAUUAGUCGGCAAGGAUACAUCCGAUGCGGCAACACAAAAUCAACCAGACCAUAUUGUGUCGUAUACUGCGCAUCUAGAUGUUAAAGCAUUACAAGGUGCGCGUAUCGGUGUAGUACUUAAUUUUCGUGGAGGAAAUCCAGAUGUUGACCGGGUUCAUGACGAAAGUGUAGAAUGUUUAAAAACUAAUGGGGCACAAAUGAUCCCAAUACAAUUACCACAGAUUUAUGAGCAUCUAUGGCAAGAAGUUCUAGAGCCUGUGUUGGAGGCAGAGUUCAAGGAUCAAUUCGAACGUUAUCAAUCGACUUUGGGUCCGAAACAACCUCAUACUCUGGCUGAGUUCAUUCAACGCAACGAAUCGCAACCGAUUAAUCCUGAACGUUUAACCAUGCUUAAAACUAACCUAACGACUCCAUUAUUCAAUUCACUAAAGUAUACACGCAUUUUAUCGAUUGUCAUUCCACAGCUACGAACAGAUUUAGAAUCUAUUAUUAAGUCGCAACAAUUGACUGCAUUGAUAAUGCCCACCAUCUGCUGUCCGGCUUCGUCUCGGUUCGAUCAGCAGCCAGAUCCGACCUAUGUAUGUCAUAUUGACGAUCCUGAUAUACCGAAGUAUAUUGCUGGCGCGAUGGGCUUUCCACAGAUUACUGUACCAGCGGGUAUUGCUACAGGCGAUCUACCUGUGGGUAUGUCCUUUCUAGGUUUGCCCUAUAGUGAAAAAUGUCUCAUCGAACUUGCGUAUGCAUUUGAACAAGUGCAUAACCUGCAUCAGCACCUACCACGUACAACGCCUUGA